AUGAGCGACUUUGUUGCAAGAUUUCCAUCCUACUUUGCUUUCAUUCUUUUGCUAUUAUCCGCUAACGUUGCCAGUCGUCAUUUGCAUUACAAUGAUGCUAAGUUAGUGUCUGAUGGUGUUAGUGACGGUGGUGCUAAUUCUACUCAAGUGGAAGAAUCAUUCCUACAUCUCAAAGGCAUGGAUUCAUACGAGGAGCAGUGUAAUCAUAUGUAUGGUUUUUUACCAUGUUCAAGCAAUCUUCUAGGUCAUAUCUGCCUCCUUAUGAUAUAUGAGUUCCUAUUAUAUCACGCCGAAUCCUUUGCUGGUGGUGAUGGGCGGAUUUUUCGUGUUUUUGGCACAAACUAUUUGGUUUCAUGUUUUUCUCAGCUUCUUGAUGCUCUUCCAGAUUCUGCAGUUCUUCUUGCAUCGGGACUAUCAACUAGUGAAGAAAAAGCUCAAGAAUAUGUUAUAACGGGUGCUGGGAUGCUAGCUGGAUCCUCAAUAUUACUUCUCACUCUAUUGUGGGGAGUAUGCUUCAUUUAUAGCCAGAAGGAAUUCUAUGUAAAACCCAAGGCUAAUGUACUGAGUCGAGUGAGAAAGGCUAAAGUAAAAAGUCAAGUGAUACAACAAUUAUUAAUAGAUUCUGGUGUUCUUACGGAUAAGGAAACCAAAUAUCAUGCCAAAGUUUUGUUCUGUUCACUCAUACCAUUUAUAUUCAUCCUAUUGCCGAGGAUAGUUGGUUUAUCGUAUUCUAGUCGAGGAUACAAAUAUGUCCUCCUUGUGUCUCUUGUUGUUUCAGUAUUAUGCGUAUCUUUUUACUUCUGCUAUCAGUAUCAUCAAAAUCCACGAAUAAUACAGAAUAGGAGACGAGAGUAUGCAGAACUUGAACAAAAAGUUGAAAUGAAUAUACCGUUUUAUGAAGUAGAAGCACUUAUGCUGGAGAGGGAGAAGAUUUUCAUUAAAAGGGAAGAAGAAAUGGAGGAGGAGUUGAAAAAUCUUACGAAAAUAUCGGACAAAUUGACCAUAGAGAAAUUCAAUGAUAUAUUUAAAAAGUGGAUAGAAUGUACGAGACUUAGGAUGGAUGAUCCAUCUUAUUUUGAAGAAUCAGAUAUGGAAUACAAUCAGGUUUUUGAACUGUUGCAUGAAAAUAAAAAAAAUUUGAUAGAUCAAAUAUCUUCCAUGUUAGAACGUGUGAAACAAGAUGUAGCACAAGACGGAGCACGGGAUGGAACACAAGAUAAACCGGAAAUAUAUAGUCUCAUCCAAAUAAUGAAAACCAACAAGAGUGGAUAUAUUACUCCAGGCGAACUGAAAAACAUCAUCAAGAAAGUCAACGAUAAGGAGUUACUGGUGGAUGACGGGAUAGCAGAGAUCAUGAUGAGACAUUUACAUCCUGAUGAAAAAGGAAAUAUCAAUAUAUUUAAAUUCAUAACCGGAGUUUCAAAAUUGCUUGAGUCACAUAAAUUAGAAAAUCAGUCACAUAGCAAUAACCAAAAAACUCAAAAGUACCUUUCGGGUGAGGCAAAGAAGAAGGAAAAAGAAAAGUUCUGGGCAAUUAUAUGGUUACUUGUCGGAAUCGGUAUGCUAUGUGGCUUGGCUGAGCCUUUGGUGGAGAGUGUUAGAGAAUUAUCAGAAUCUCUAAAAAUAGGGCCUUUCUAUUUAAAUUUCAUCUUGGUUCCUUUGGCUACAAAUAUUAGAACAAUUUUUGCAGCCAUUAGAGCUGCAAAAAAGAAGAGACAUCGAACAAUGUCCGUAACUUUCUCUGAGAUAUACCACAAAGUUUUCAUGAACAACAUUGUGGGAUUUUUUGUUAUUGUCGCGGUCAUAUUCUUUCGUGGCCUGACAUGGCAUUUCUCAGCCGAGCUUUUAGUUGUGAUCCUCGUUUGCAUCAUAAUGGGGCUUCUUGGAAGUUUCAGAACCAAGUUCCCAAACUGGACAUUGUUCAUUGUUGUCCCUCUCUAUCCUCUAUCUCUGUUGGUUGUUUACCUUGUCAACGAUGCUUUUCAAUUUCCGUGAAACUAUAAUGGUUCGUCUCAAAGUGGUUAUUUUGUAGACCAUGUUGGACUUGUUUAUGUAACAUUUAUU